AUUCGAGCGACUCGGGAUCUGAUUGGCUGCUGGUACCACGUGAUAAUUCGGAGCCCAGGCACCACUCUGGCUCUUGCCUGGGGUUCUCAGGAGGGAAGAGUUGGGAGAGGCUUUGCUGCUGAGGAAAUUGAUCUGAUAGAUUAAAGGUUUGAGGAAGAGCUACAGAAGCAGAACAGAAAAAUCCAUACAAGCCAAUGGUGUUCGGGAAAAAAUAACCCCAUUGCCUUGAGUUUGUAGGUGCCACUACGACUCUGGGAAAAUGGCAGACGACGAAGAAUAUGAGGAGGUGGUGGAGUAUUACACAGAGGAGACAGUCUAUGAAGAGGUGCCAGGAGAGACAAUAACAGAAACCUAUGAAACUACGACAACACGGACUGACUAUGAUCAAUCAAAACCUUCCAAAUCCUCACUGGCACAGCCGGUGUCAGCACAGCCAGUCCCAGCCAAGCCAGUGGAGAGGAAGAGGGUUAUCCGGAAGAAACUGGAUACUUCGAAGUUCAUGACCCCCUACAUUGUACACAGUCAGAAAAUGCAGGAACUCUUUAGCCCCAAUAAAUACAAGGAGAACUAUGAGAAAGCAAAAGGACAGCCAUACGCCAUCACAACCGAUACCCCAGAACUUCGCCGGAUCAAGAAAGUACAAGAUCAACUCAGUGAGGUUAAGUAUCGAAUGGAUGGCGAUGUUGCUAAAACUAUCUGUCACGUAGACGAAAAAGCAAAGGACAUUGAACAUGCAAAGAAAGUGUCGCAGCAAGUCAGUAAGGUUUUAUACAAGCAGAACUGGGAAGACACCAAGGAUAAGUACCUGCUUCCCCCUGAUGCCCCUGAACUUGUCCAGGCAGUUAAGAACACAGCCAUGUUCAGUAAGAAACUGUACACUGAGGACUGGGAAGCUGACAAAAGCUUGUUUUACCCAUACAACGACAGCCCAGAGCUGAGAAGGGUGGCCCAAGCCCAGAAAGCCCUCAGUGAUAUUGCCUACAAAAAAGGUCACGCUGAACAGCAAUCUCAAUUCACAACUCUGCCGGAUCCUCCAGAAAUAGAAUUUGCUAAGAAAGUGACCAAUCAAGUGAGCAAGCAAAAAUACAAGGCAGACUAUGAAAAUAAAAUCAAAGGCAAGUGGAGUGAGACACCUUGCUUUGAAGUUGCAACCGCCAGAAUGAAUGCCGAUAACAUCAGCACAAGGAAAUACCAGGAAGACUUUGAGAAUAUGAAAGACCAGAUCUACUUCAUGCAGACUGAAACGCCAGAGUACAAAGUGAAUAAACAAGCUGGGGUGGCAGCUAGCAAGGUAAAAUACAAAGAAGACUAUGAAAAGAAUAAAGGAAAAGCAGAUUAUAAUGUACUUCCUGCUUCAGAGAACCCACUGCUCCAGCAGCUGAAGGCGGCAGGAAAUGCCCUGAGUGACAAACUAUACAAGGAAAACUAUGAAAAGACAAAGGCAAAGAGCAUAAAUUACUGCGAAACCCCCAAAUUUCAACUUGAUACAGUUCUGCACAACUUCACUAGCGAUACUAAAUACAAAGAUUCCUACUUAAAGAAUAUUUUGGGACAUUAUGUAGGCAGCUUUGAGGACCCAUAUCAUACGCACUGUAUGAAAGUCGCAGCUCAAAACAGUGACAAAAACUACAAAGCAGAAUAUGAAGAAGACAGAGGCAAAGGCUUCUUCCCCCAGACUAUAACUCAAGAAUAUGAAACAAUCAAGAAACUGGAUCGGUGUAAAGAUCAUACCUACAAAGUCCAUCCAGAUAAGACAAAAUUCACUCAAGUCACUGACUCUCCUGUUCUGGUGCAAGCCCAAGUCAAUUCCAAACAACUGAGUGAUCUGAACUACAAAGCAAAGCAUGAAAAUGAGAAGUUCAAGUGCCACAUACCUCCAGAUACUCCUGCCCUCCUCCAACACAAAGUCAAUGCCUAUAACCUGAGUGACAAUAUCUAUAAGCAUGACUGGGAGAAGAGCAAAGCGAAGAAGUUUGACAUUAAAGUGGACGCCAUCCCCCUGCUGGCAGCCAAGGCCAACAGCAGGAUUGCCAGCGAUGUGAUGUACAAGAAAGACUAUGAGAAAAAUAAAGGGAAAAUGAUUGGAGCCCUGAGCAUUAAUGAUGAUCCCAAGAUGUUGCACUCUUUGAAGGCGGCCAAAAACCAGAGUGAUAGAUUAUACAAGGAAAACUAUGAGAAGACAAAAGCAAAGAGCAUGAACUACUGCGAGACCCCCAAGUAUCAGCUUGACGCUCUGAUGAAGAACUUCAGUGAGGCUAAAUACAAAGAUUCAUAUGUACAGAAUAUUUUGGGACAUUAUGUAGGCAGCUCUGAGGACCCGUAUCAAAUACACUGCAUGAGAGUUUCCGCUCAAAACAGUGACAAAAAUUACAAAGCAGAGUAUGAGGAAGAUAAAGGGAAAUGCUAUUUCCCUCAGACAAUAACUCAAGAAUAUGAAGCCAUCAAGAAGCUAGACCAGUGUAAAGAUCAUACGUACAAAGUUCAUCCAGAUAAGACCAAAUUCACGGCCGUCACUGACACUCCUGUACUGUUGCAAGCCCAGCUCAACACGAAACAGCUUAGCGAUCUGAAUUACAAAGCAAAACAUGAAAGUGAGAAGUUCAAGUGCAACGUACCAGCAGAUGCCCCACAGUUUAUCCAACACAGAGUCAAUGCCUAUAACUUGAGUGAUAAUAUCUAUAAGCAUGACUGGGAGAAGAGCAAAGCGAAGAAGUUUGACAUUAAAGUGGACGCCAUCCCCCUGCUGGCAGCCAAGGCCAACAGCAGGAUCGCCAGCGAUGUGAUGUACAAGAAAGACUAUGAGAAAAAUAAAGGGAAAAUGAUUGGAGCCCUGAGCAUUAAUGAUGAUCCCAAGAUGUUGCACUCUUUGAAGACGGCCAAAAACCAGAGUGAUCGUGAAUAUCGGAAAGACUAUGAAAAGUCAAAGACUAUCUACACGGCACCUCUUGAUAUGCUCCAAGUCACUCAAGCUAAGAAGUCUCAGGAAAUUGCCAGCGAUGUGGACUAUAAGCAUGUCUUACACAGUUACAGCUACCCACCCGACAGCGUCAACGUGGAUCUCGCCAAGAAGGCGUAUGCACUGCAGAGUGAUGUCGAAUACAAAGCUGACUACAACAGCUGGAUGAAAGGUUGUGGCUGGGUGCCUUUUGGGUCCUUAGAGAUGGAAAAGGCAAAGAGAGCUUCAGACAUCCUGAAUGAGAAAAAAUACCGCCAACAUCCAGACACUCUCAAGUUUACCUCGAUUGAAGAUGCUCCAAUUAUAGUACAGUCUAAAAUCAACCAGGCCCAGAGAAGUGAUGUGGCCUACAAAGCCAAAGGAGAGGAAAUUCUUCACAAAUACAACCUGCCGGCGGACCUGCCUCAGUUCCUCCAGGCGAAAGUUAAUGCCUACAAUAUCAGUGAGAAUAUGUACAAAGCAGACUUGAAAGAUUUGAGCAAGAAGGGGUAUGACCUGAGAACGGAUGCGAUUCCCAUCAGAGCUGCCAAAGCUGCCAGGCAGGCGGCAAGUGACGUUCAGUACAAAAAAGAUUAUGAAAAAGCCAAAGGAAAAAUCGUUGGCUUCCAAAGUCUCCAAGAUGACCCUAAACUGGUUCACUAUAUGAAUGUGGCCAAGAUGCAGUCAGACCUGGAGUAUAAGAAAGACUAUGAGAAGACAAAAACAAAAUACAACACACCCCAUGAUAUGUUUAAUGUCGUGGCGGCCAAGAAAGCUCAGGAUGUUGUCAGCAAUAUCGACUAUAAGCAUCAGCUCCAUCAUUACACGUACCUGCCUGAUGCCAUGGGCCUGGAGUUGUCUAAAAACAUGAUGCACAUACAGAGCGAUAAUGCCUAUAAGGAAGACUACAACACCUGGAUGAAAGGCAUAGGCUGGAUCCCUAUUGGCAGUCUGGAAGUAGAGAAAGUUAAGAAAGCGGGAGAUGCCCUGAAUGAAAAGAAGUACAGGCAACAUCCAGACACCCUCAAAUUUACCAGCAUCGUGGACUCCCCAGUUAUGGUCCAGGCAAAACAGAACACAAAGCAAGUCAGUGAUAUCUUAUACAAAGCUAAAGGAGAAGAUGUGAAACAUAAAUACACUAUGAGUCCUGAUCUUCCUCAGUUUCUCCAGGCCAAGUGCAAUGCUUACAAUAUAAGCGACGUCUGUUAUAAACGGGACUGGCAUGAUUUAAUAGCCAAGGGUAACAAUGUGCUGGGUGACGCGAUUCCCAUCACUGCGGCCAAAGCGUCCAGAAACAUUGCCAGUGAUUAUAAAUACAAGGAAGCUUAUGAGAAGUCAAAGGGGAGGCAUGUGGGUUUCAGAAGCCUCCAGGAUGAUCCCAAGCUGGUCCAUUAUAUGAAUGUGGCGAAGUUGCAGUCAGAUCGUGAAUACAAGAAGAACUAUGAGAACACCAAAACCAGCUACCAUACCCCAGGGGACAUGAUUAGCAUUACUGCUGCAAAGUCUGCCCAAGAUGUCGUCACCAACGUCAACUACAAACAGCCUGUACAUCAUUACACAUACCUACCCGAUGCCCUGAGUCUCGAGCAUACCAGGAAUGUGAAUCAAAUUCAGAGUGAUAAUGUGUAUAAAGACGAGUAUAACAACUUCUUCAAGGGCAUUGGAUGGAUCCCUAUUGGUUCUUUGGAGGUUGAGAAGGUCAAGAAAGCAGGUGAUGCUUUAAAUGAGAGGAAGUAUCGACAGCACCCAGAUACCAUCAAGUUCACAAGUGUGCCCGAUUCCAUGGGCAUGGUUUUGGCUCAGCAGAACACUAAGCAGCUAAGUGAUUUGAACUACAAGGUGGAGGGGGAGAAACUGAAGCACAAAUACACUAUGGACCCCGAAUUACCUCAGUUUAUUCAGGCCAAGGUCAACGCCCUCAACAUGAGUGAUUCUCAUUAUAAAGCAGACUGGAAGAAAACUCUUGCUAAGGGCUAUGAUUUGAGAUCAGAUGCCAUUCCAAUUGUUGCUGCAAAAAGUUCAAGGAAUAUUGCUAGUGAUUUCAAAUAUAAGGAGGCUUAUGAGAAAGCCAAAGGCAGGCAGAUUGGAUUUCUCAGUCUUCAGGAUGAUCCUAAACUGGUUCAUUACAUGAAUGUGGCCAAAAUGCAGUCAGAUCGUGAGUACAAAAAGGGCUAUGAAGCCAGCAAGACCAGGUAUCACACACCCUUGGACAUGCUCAGCGUGACAGCCGCCAAGAAAUCUCAGGAGGUCGUUACCAACACCAACUACAAACAGCCCUUCCACAGCUACACUCUUCUGCCUGAUGCCUUGAAUGUGGAGCAUUCCAGGAAUGCAAUGCAGAUCCAAAGCGAUAAUCUCUACAAAUCCGACUUUACCAACUGGAUGAAAGGGAUCGGCUGGAUCCCAUUAGAGUCACUGGAGGUGGAGAAAGCAAAGAAAGCUGGAGAGAUCCUUAGUGAGAAGAAGUAUCGCCAGCACCCUGAGAAGCUGAAGUUCACCUAUGCCAUGGACACAAUGGAACAAGCGCUUAACAAAAGCAACAAACUGAAUAUGGAUAAGAGGCUCUACACUGAAAAAUGGAACAAAGACAAGACCACCAUUCACGUCAUGCCUGAUACUCCAGACAUUUUACUGUCCAGAGUAAACCAAAUCACCAUGAGUGAUAAACUGUACAAAGCUGGCUGGGAAGAGGAAAAGAAGAAAGGCUAUGACCUGAGGCCUGAUGCCAUCCCAAUAAAGGCUGCGAAAGCCUGUAGAGAUAUUGCCAGUGAUUACAAAUACAAGCAAGCUUAUGAGCAAGCCAAAGGGAAACACAUUGGCUUCCAGAGCCUAGAGGACGACCCCAAGUUGGUACACUUCAUGCAGGUGGCCAAGAUGCAGUCAGACCGGGAAUACAAGAAGGGAUACGAGAAAUCAAAGACCUCCUUCCACACUCCAGUGGACAUGCUGAGUGUGGUGGCAGCCAAGAAGUCUCAAGAAGUGGCCACCAACACUAACUACAGAAAUGUGAUCCAUUCCUACAACAUGCUUCCUGAUGCCAUGGGCUUUGAAUUGGCCAAAAAUAUGAUGCAGAUUCAAAGUGAUAAUCAGUACAAAGCUGACUAUGUUGACUUCAUGAAGGGGAUUGGAUGGCUCCCCCUGGGCUCCCUGGAGGCUGAGAAAAACAAGAAAGCCAUGGAGAUAAUCAGUGAAAAGAAGUACCGCCAACACCCAGACACUUUGAAGUAUUCCACUUUGAUGGACUCAAUGAACAUGGUUUUGGCCCAGAAUAAUGCAAAAAUUAUGAAUGAACACCUCUACAAACAAGCAUGGGAGGCUGAUAAGACCAAGGUCCACAUUAUGCCUGAUAUCCCCCAGAUUGUCUUGGCAAAGGCAAAUGCAAUUAAUAUGAGUGAUAAACUCUACAAACUUUCUUUGGAAGAAUCUAAAAAGAAAGGCUAUGAUCUCAGAACCGAUGCAAUUCCUAUCAAGGCUGCCAAAGCCUCAAGAGAUAUUGCGAGUGAUUAUAAAUACAAAUACAAUUAUGAAAAGGAGAGGGGGAAGAUGUUUGGUUUCCGCAGCCUUGAGGAUGAUCCCAAAUUAGUCCAUUCCAUGCAAGUGGCGAAGAUGCAAUCCGAUCGGGAGUACAAGAAAAACUAUGAGAAUACGAAGACCAGCUACCACACCCCUGCAGACAUGCUCAGUGUCACUGCGGCCAAGGAUGCCCAGGCCAACAUCACCAACACCAACUACAAGCAUCUGAUUCACAAGUACAUCCUCCUUCCAGAUGCCAUGAGCAUUGAGCUGAGCAGGAAUAUGAAUCACAUACAGAGUGAUAAUGAAUAUAAGCAGGACUACAAUGAGUGGUACAAAGGGCUUGGCUGGAGUCCAGCUGGUUCCCUAGAAGUGGAGAAGGCCAAGAAAGCUACCGAAUAUGCCAGUGAUCAGAAAUACCGCCAGCACCCUAGCAACUUCCAGUUUAAGAAGCUGAAUGACUCCAUGGACAUGGUUCUUGCCAAACAGAAUACACAAACCAUGAACAAGCACUUAUAUACCAUUGACUGGAACAAAGAUAAAACCAAGAUUCAUGUGAUGCCAGACACACCAGAUAUUUUACAAGCCAAGCAGAAUCAAGCUCAGUAUAGUCAGAAACUCUAUAAACUUGGAUGGGAAGAAGCUCUGAAGAAAGGCUAUGAUCUCCCACUUGAUGCAAUUUCUGUACAGUCGGCCAAAGCUUCAAGAGACAUUGUUAGCGACUUUAAAUACAAACAAGGCUACCGCAAACAACUUGGCCACCAUAUUGGAUUCCGGAAUCUGCAAGAUGAUCCAAAGCUUGUGCUGUCCAUGAAUGUAGCCAAAAUGCAGAGUGAAAGAGAAUACAAGAAGGACUUUGAGAAGUGGAAGACCAGGUUCAGCAGCCCAGUGGACAUGCUGGGAGUGGUGCUGGCCAAGAAAUGUCAGGCCUUAGUCAGUGACAUAGACUAUAAGAACUACCUGCACCAGUGGACAUGCCUGCCUGACCAGAAUGACGUUAUUCAAGCUAAAAAGGUUUAUCAACUGCAGAGUGAGAAUCUGUAUAAGUCUGACCUUGAGUGGCUGAGAGGCAUAGGAUGGAGUCCCCUGGGUUCUUUGGAGGCAGAAAAGAACAAGCGGGCUUCAGAAAUCAUCAGUGAGAAGAAAUACCGUCAGCCUCCAGACAGAAACAAGUUCACCAGCAUUCCUGAUGCCAUGGACAUAGUUCUGGCAAAGACAAAUGCCAAAAAUAGGAGUGAUAGACUUUAUAGAGAGGCUUGGGACAAAGACAAGACUCAAAUCCACAUCAUGCCUGAUACACCUGACAUUAUUCUGGCUAAAGCAAACUUAAUCAAUACAAGUGAUAAACUCUACCGAAUGGGUUAUGAGGAAAUGAAGAAAAAAGGUUACGAUCUUCCCCUUGAUGCCAUACCAAUCAAAGCCGCAAAAGCAUCUCGAGAAAUUGCCAGUGAAUACAAGUACAAGGAAGGCUUUCGCAAGCAGCUCGGCCAUCACAUUGGAGCCCGCGACAUCAAAGAUGACCCCAAGAUGAUGUGGUCCAUGCAUGUGGCCAAGAUCCAGAGUGACAGGGAGUACAAGAAGGACUUUGAGAAAUGGAAGACCAAGUUCAGCAGCCCAGUGGACAUGCUGGGGUUGGUGCUGGCCAAGAAGUGCCAGACCUUAGUCAGUGACAUAGACUACAAACAUCCCCUACAUGAAUGGAUGUGUCUGCCUGACCAGAACGACGUCAUCCAUGCCCGGCAGGCCUAUGACCUCCAGAGUGACAAUUUGUACAAGGCCGACCUUCAGUGGCUAAGAGGCAUUGGCUGGUUACCUAGUGGCUCUCUUGAGGAUGAGAAGAACAAGAGAGCUACCCAGAUUUUGAGUGAUCACAUUUACCGUCAGCACCCAGAUAAAUUCAAGUUUUCCAGCCUUAUGGACUCCAUCCCAAUGGUUUUGGCAAAAAACAAUGCUAUUACCAUGAACCAUCGCCUCUAUACAGAAGCUUGGGAUAAAGAUAAAACCACUGUCCACAUUAUGCCAGAUACUCCUGAAGUUUUACUGGCUAAACAAAACCAAAUAAAUUACAGCGAGAAACUAUAUAAACUUGGCCUAGAAGAAGCCAAGAAGAAAGGCUAUGAUAUGCGGCUGGAUGCCAUUCCCAUCAGGGCGGCCAAGGCCUCCAGAGACAUUGCAAGUGAAUUCAAGUACAAAGAAGGCUAUCGUCAGCAGCUUGGCCAUCACAUUGGUGCACGAGCAAUACAUGAUGACCCCAAGAUGAUGUGGUCCAUGCAUGUGGCCAAGGUCCAGAGUGACAGGGAGUACAAGAAGGACUUUGAGAAGUGGAAGACCAAGUUCAGCAGCCCAGUGGACAUGCUAGGUGUGGUGCUGGCCAAGAAGUGCCAGGCCUUAGUCAGUGAUAUAGACUAUAAGAACUACCUGCACCAGUGGACGUGCCUGCCUGACCAGAAUGACGUCAUCCAUGCUCGACAGGCCUAUGACCUCCAGAGCGAUAAUAUGUACAAGUCAGAUCUGCAGUGGUUGAGAGGCAUCGGCUGGGUUCCUAUUGGCUCUUUGGAUGUGGAAAAAUGCAAAAGGGCAACUGAAAUUUUGAGUGAUAAAAUCUAUCGCCAGCCUCCAGACCAAUUCAAAUUUACUAGUGUGACUGAUUCUUUGGAACAAGUGUUAGCCAAGAAUAACGCCAUCACCAUGAACAAGCGUUUAUACACGGAAGCCUGGGACAAAGACAAGACCCAGGUCCACAUCAUGCCAGACACACCAGAAAUUACGUUGGCAAGAAUGAACAAAAUCAAUUAUAGUGAGACUCUGUAUAAACUCGCCAAUGAAGAAGCAAAGAAGAAAGGCUAUGACCUGCGAAGUGAUGCCAUCCCAAUCGUGGCGGCCAAGGCCUCCAGGGACAUCGCCAGUGACUACAAAUACAAAGAUGGUUACCGCAAGCAGCUCGGCCAUCACAUUGGAGCCCGCGACAUCAAAGAUGACCCCAAGAUGAUGUGGUCCAUGCAUGUGGCCAAGAUCCAGAGUGACAGGGAGUAUAAGAAGGACUUUGAGAAGUGGAAGACCAAGUUCAGCAGCCCAGUGGACAUGCUGGGGUUGGUGCUGGCCAAGAAGUGCCAGACCUUAGUCAGUGACAUAGACUACAAACAUCCCCUACAUGAAUGGAUGUGUCUGCCUGACCAGAACGACGUCAUCCAUGCCCGGCAGGCCUAUGACCUCCAGAGUGACAACAUUUACAAAUCAGAUCUCCAGUGGCUGAGAGGCAUCGGCUGGGUCCCCAUAGGGUCUGUGGAUGUGGUCAAGUGCAAGAGAGCCACAGAGAUACUGAGUGACAACAUCUACCGCCAGCCUCCGGACAAGCUGAAGUUCACCAGUGUGCCUGACUCCCUGGAACAGGUGCUGGCCAAGAACAACGCCCUCAAUAUGAACAAGCGUUUAUACACAGAGGCCUGGGACAAAGACAAAACUCAAGUGCAUAUCAUGCCUGAUACCCCGGAGAUCAUGCUGGCAAGGCAGAACAAGAUCAACUACAGUGAGACUCUGUAUAAACUCGCCAAUGAAGAAGCAAAGAAAAAAGGCUACGACCUGCGAAGCGAUGCCAUCCCGAUCGUGGCGGCCAAGGCCUCCAGGGACAUCGCCAGUGACUACAAAUACAAAGAUGGUUAUCGAAAGCAACUUGGCCACCACAUUGGAGCUCGAAAUGUUGAGGAUGACCCCAAGAUGAUGUGGUCCAUGCAUGUGGCCAAGAUCCAGAGUGACAGGGAGUACAAGAAGGACUUUGAGAAGUGGAAGACCAAGUUCAGCAGCCCAGUGGACAUGCUGGGGUUGGUGCUGGCCAAGAAGUGCCAGACCUUAGUCAGUGACAUAGACUACAAACAUCCCCUACAUGAAUGGAUGUGUCUGCCUGACCAGAACGAUGUCAUCCAUGCCCGGAAGGCCUAUGACCUCCAGAGUGACAACAUUUACAAAUCAGAUCUCCAGUGGCUAAGAGGCAUCGGCUGGGUCCCUAUCGGGUCUGUGGAUGUGGUCAAGUGCAAAAGAGCCACAGAGAUACUGAGUGACAACAUCUACCGCCAGCCUCCGGACAAGCUGAAGUUCACCAGUGUGCCUGACUCCCUGGAACAGGUGUUGGCCAAGAACAAUGCCCUCAAUAUGAGCAAGCGCUUAUACACAGAAGCCUGGGACAAAGACAAGACCCAAGUCCACAUCAUGCCUGAUACACCUGAAAUUAUGUUGGCAAGACAAAAUAAAAUAAAUUAUAGUGAGAACUUCUAUCGUCAGGCCAUGGAAGAAGCCAAGAAAGAAGGUUAUGACUUGAGAAGUGACGCCAUUCCCAUCGUGGCUGCCAAGGCCUCCCGGGAGAUUGCCAGUGAUUACAAAUACAAAGAAGCUUAUCGUAAGCAGUUGGGUCACCACAUCGGUGCCCGAGCAGUACACGACGACCCCAAGAUAAUGUGGUCUCUGCACAUUGCCAAAGUGCAGAGUGACCUUGAGUACAAGAAGGACUUUGAGAAAUACAAGACCAGGUACAGCAGCCCGGUGGACAUGCUCAAUAUCGUUCAGGCCAAGCUGUGCCAGACGUUGGUCAGCGACGUGGACUAUAGACAUCCGCUGCACGAGUGGACCUGCCUGCCCGACCAGAAUGACAUCAUCCAGGCUCGGAAAGCUUAUGACCUCCAGAGCGACAAUUUAUAUAAGUCAGACCUUGAAUGGUUGAGAGGCAUUGGCUGGGUUCCAAUUGAUUCCGUGGAAGUUCUUAAAGCCAAGAGGGCCACGGAGAUACUCAGUGAUACUAUCUACCGUCAGCGUCCAGAGACACUGAAAUUUACCAGCAUCACUGACACUCCGGAGCAGGUGUUGGCAAAGAGCAAUGCUAUGAACAUGAGUAAGCACUUAUAUACUGAAGCCUGGGACAAUGAUAAGAAAACGAUCCACGUCAUGCCAGACACACCAGAAAUCAUGCUUGCCAAACAAAAUCGCAUAAACUACAGUCAUAAACUCUAUAAACUUGCUUUGGAAGAGUCCAGGAAGGAAGGCUAUGACUUGCGUUUGGAUGCCAUCCCAAUCCAGGCAGCCAAGGCUUCAAGAGAGAUUGCUAGUGAUUACAAGUACAAGGAAGGGUACCGCAAACAGCUUGGCCACCACAUUGGGGCCCGGAAGGUUGAGGAUGACCCCAAGAUUGUGUGGUCGAUCCAUGCGGCCAAGAUCCAGAGUGACAGGGAGUACAAGAAGGACUUUGAGAAAUGGAAGACCAAGUUCAGCAGCCCAGUGGACAUGCUGGGGUUGGUGCUGGCCAAGAAGUGCCAGACCUUAGUCAGUGACAUAGACUACAGACAUCCCCUACAUGAAUGGAUGUGUCUGCCUGACCAGAAUGAUGUCAUUCAGGCCCGGAAGGCCUAUGACCUCCAGAGUGACGCUAUUUACAAAGCUGAUCUCGAGUGGCUGAGAGGCAUUGGGUGGGUGCCCAUUGGCUCUGUAGAGGUUGAGAAGGUGAAGAGAGCUGGAGAAAUCCUCAGUGAAAGGAAGUACCGCCAGCCCGCAGACCAGCUCAAAUUCACAUGCAUUACAGACACCCCAGAGAUUGUCCUGGCCAAGAAUAACGCCCUGACGAUGAGCAAGCAUUUAUACACAGAAGCUUGGAAUGCUGACAAAGCCUCCAUCCACGUGAUGCCAGACACCCCAGAAAUCCUACUGGCCAAGAGCAAUUCUGCCAAUAUCAGCCAAAAACUUUACACCAAGGGAUGGGAUGAAUCAAAGAUGAAAGACUAUGAUCUGAGGGCUGAUGCUAUUUCCAUCAAAAGCGCCAAGGCCUCAAGGGACAUCGCCAGUGAUUACAAAUACAAAGAAGCAUACGAGAAACAGAAAGGCCACCACAUUGGAGCCCAGAGUGUUGAAGAUGACCCCAAGAUUAUGUGUGCCAUACAUGCAGGGAAGAUUCAAAGUGAAAGGUACAAGAAGGAAUUCCAGAAGUGGAAGACCAAAUUCAGCAGCCCGGUGGACAUGCUCAAUAUCGUUCAGGCCAAGCUGUGCCAGACGUUGGUCAGUGACAUUGAUUAUCGCAAUUACCUGCAUCACUGGACGUGCUUACCUGAUCAAAACGACAUUAUCCAAGCGAAGAAGGCCUAUGAACUGCAGAGCGAUAGUGUUUAUAAGGCGGACCUGGAGUGGCUGCGUGGCAUUGGCUGGAUGCCAGAAGACUCUGUGGAAAUGAACAGGGUGAAGAAUGCUCAAGGCCUGGUGAAUGAAAGGCUUUAUAGAACGCGGCCAGAAGCCUUGAAGUUCACUUCCAUUGUUGACACUCCAGAUGUUAUCCUGGCAAAAACCAAUUCUCUGCAAAUAAGUGAGAAACUGUAUCAAGAUGCGUGGAAUAAAGAUAAAACCAACAUCACCAUUCCAUCUGACACACCAGUCAUGCUGCAGGCCCAUAUAAAUGCCCAGCAAAUCAGCAAUAACCUUUACCAGAAACACUGGAAUGAGACCAAGCAGAAAGGCUAUGACUUCAGAGCGGAUGCCAUUGAAAUCAAACAAGCCAAAGCCUCCAGAGACAUCGCCAGUGAGUACAAAUACAAGGAAGGUUACCGUAAGCAACUGGGCCACCACGUGGGUUUCCGCACCCUACAAGAUGACCCCAAAUUGGUAUGGUCUAUACAUGCUGCCAAGAUCCAGAGUGACAGAGAAUACAAGAAAGCUUAUGAGAAGUGUAAAGGAAUUCACAAUACACCGUUGGACAUGAUGUCAAUUGUGCAGGCCAAGAAAUGCCAGGUCCUGGUCAGCGAUAUUGAUUAUCGCAAUUAUCUGCACCAGUGGACAUGUUUGCCAGAUCAGAAUGAUGUGAUCCAGGCUAAGAAGGCCUACGAGCUGCAGAGCGAUAACGUGUACAAAUCAGACCUGGAAUGGUUGAAGGGUAUAGGAUGGUUGCCAGAGGGUUCUGUGGAAGUGAUGAGAGUGAAGAAUGCCCAGAAUCUCCUGAAUGAGAGGUUGUAUCGUAUAAAACCUGAAGACUUCAAAUUCACCAGCAUUGUCGAUACCCCUGAAGUCAUCCAGGCAAAGAUCAAUUCUGUACAGAUCAGUGAGCCAUUGUACCGUGAUGCGUGGGAGAGAGAGAAAGCAAAUGUGAAUGUGCCAGCUGACACUCCAGUGAUGCUGCAGUCCAAGAUCAAUGCCAUACAGAUCAGUGAUAAACAAUACAAGCAAGCUUGGGAAAAUGUCAAGAUGACGGGUUAUGACCUUCGGGAAGAUGCCAUCCCAAUUCAGCAUGCCAGGGCUUCCAGGGAUAUCGCCAGCGAUUACCUGUACAAAACUGCUUAUGAGAAGCAGAAAGGCCAUUAUAUUGGAUGUCGCAAUGCCAAGGAAGACCCUAAACUGGUUUGGGCGGCACAUGUGUUAAAGAUGCAGAAUGACAGGCUGUACAAAAAGGCCUACAAUGACCACAAGGCCAGGAUCUCCAUCCCAGUGGACAUGGUGUCCAUCAAUGCUGCCAAAGAAGGCCAGGCAUUAGCAAGUGAUGUGGAUUAUCGCCACUACCUGCACCACUGGUCUUGCUUUCCCGACCAGAAUGAUGUGAUCCAAGCCAGGAAAGCCUAUGACCUGCAGAGUGAUGCCAUCUAUAAGGCUGACUUGGAGUGGUUACGUGGCAUUGGCUGGAUGCCUGAAGGGUCUCCUGAAGUGUUGAGGGUCAAAAAUGCCCAGAAGAUCCUACGAGACAGCGUCUAUCGGACACCUGUAGUGAGCCUCAAGUACACAAGUGUCGUUGACACACCUGAAGUUGUUCUUGCUAAGUCGAAUGCUGAAAAUAUUAGUAUUCCAAAGUACAGAGAAGUUUGGGACAAGGAUAAAACGUCAAUCCACAUAAUGCCAGAUACGCCAGAAAUCAACCUCGCUAGAGCCAAUGCUCUUAAUGUGAGCAAUAAAAUUUACCGUGAAGAUUGGGAUGGAAUGAAGAUGAGCUGUGAUGUACGGCUGGAUGCCAUCCCUAUUCAGGCUGCCAAGGCCUCCAGGGAGAUUGCCAGUGAUUAUAAAUACAAGCUUGACCACGAGAAGCAGAAGGGACACUAUGUGGGGACCCCCACCGCCAGAGAUGACAACAAGAUCCGCUGGGCCCUCAUAGCUGGCAAGAUCCAGAAUGAAAGAGAGUACCGGAUGCACUGGGCCAAAUGGAAGACCAAGUUCCAAAGCCCUGUGGAUAUGCUUUCCAUCGUGCAUUCUAAAAAUUGCCAGACCCUGGUCAGCGACAUUGAUUAUCGCAAUUACUUACACGAGUGGAUAUGCAUGCCUGACCAGAACGAUGUGAUUCAGGCCAAGAAAGCCUACCAACUGCAAAGCGAUGCUGUCUACAAGGCCGACUUGGAAUGGUUACGUGGGAUCGGGUGGUUGCCAAAUGAUUCCGUGUCCGUCAAUCAUGCCAGACAUGCUGCGGAUAUCUUCAGUGAGAAAAAAUAUCGCACAAAAAUAGAAACUCUCAACUUUACUCCUGUGGAUGACAGAGUUGAUUAUGUGACUGCAAAACAAAGUGGCGAGAUCCUCAAUGAUAUUAAAUACCGGAAAGAUUGGAAUGAUACCAAAUCGAAAUAUACCCUCACAGAAACCCCCUGGCUGCACACUGCCCAGGAGGCAGCCCGGAUACUGGACCAGUAUCUCUACAAGGAAGGCUGGGAGAAGCAGAAAGCUACAGGUUACAUUUUGCCUCCGGACGCGGUGCCAUUUGUUCACGCCCAUCACUCCAACGAGGUUCAGAGCGAGCUGAAAUACAAAGCUGACCAUGUAAAACAAAGAGGUCAUUAUGUUGGUGUCCCAACGAUGAGAGAUGAUCCCAAACUGGUUUGGUUUGAGCAUGCAGGCCAGAUUCAGAAUGACAGACUCUACAAAGAGGAUUAUCACAGAACAAAGGCCAGGAUCAACAUACCUGCUGAUAUGGUGUCGGUGUUGGCCGCCAAGCACGGGCAGGAGCUCGUCAGUGAUAUCGAUUACCGUAAUUACCUGCACCGAUGGAUAUGUCAUCCUGACCAAAAUGAUGUCAUCCAGGCAAGGAAGGCCUAUGACCUCCAGAGCGAUAAUGUCUACAAAGCUGACCUGGAGUGGCUCCGUGGCAUUGGCUGGAUACCCCUGGAUUCUGUGGACUACGUGAGGGUUACGAAGAAUCAGGAAAUGGUGAAUCAGAUAAAAUAUAAGAAAGAUGCUCUUGACAACUAUCCUAACUUCACAAGUGUCGUGGAUCCUCCAGAGAUUGUCUUGGCUAAGAUUAACUCAGUCAAUCAAAGUGAUGUAAAAUAUAAAGAAACAUUUAAUAAAAGAAUAAAGGGCAAGUACAUGUUUUCUCCAGAUACGCCAUACAUCACCCACUCCAAAGACAUGGGAAAACUCUAUAGUACUAUACUGUAUAAAGGGGCAUGGGAAGGAACCAAGGCCUACGGCUAUACCCUGGAUGAACGCUACAUUCCCAUUGUUGGAGCUAAGCAUGCCGACUAUGUGAACAGUGAGCUUAAAUACAAAGAGACCUAUGAGAAGCAGAAGGGUCACUACCUGGCUGGGAAAGAAAUCAGUGAGUUCCCUGGUGUGGUUCACUGUCUGGAUUUCCAAAAGAUGAGGAGUGUGUUGAACUACAGAAAAAAUUAUGAGGAUACCAAAGCAAAUGUUCACAUCCCCAUCGAUAUGAUGAAUCACGUGCUGGCUAAACACUGCCAGUACAUCCUCAGUGACCUGGAAUACCAACACUUCUUCCAUCAGUGGACGUCUCUCCCGGAAGAACCCAACGUUAUACGGGCCCGAAAUGCGCAGGAGAUCUUGAGUGAUAAUGUGUAUAAGGAUGACUUGAAUUGGCUGAAAGGCAUUGGAUGCUAUGUUUGGGAUACACCUCAGAUCCUCCAAGCCAAGAAAGCAUAUGACCUCCAGAGUCAGCUACAAUACACGGCAGCAGGUAAAGAAAAUCUACAAAAUUAUAACCUGGUCACAGACACCCCACUUUACGUGACUGCUCUUCAAAGCGGCAUAAAUGCCAGUGAGGUGAAAUAUAAAGAAAAUUAUCAUCAGAUUAAGGACAAAUAUACGACAGUUCUAGAAACAGUGGAUUAUGACAGAACCAAGAAUCUGAAGAGUCUUUAUAGCAGCAACCUGUACAAGGAGGCUUGGGAUAGAGUGAAAGCCACCAGCUACAUCCUGCCUACCAACACCAUGUCCCUGAAGCAUGCCAGGAACCAGAAGCAUCUGGCCAGCAAUAUCAAAUACCGAGAAGAAUAUGAAAAGUUCAAAGCUCUUUAUACUUUACCAAAAAGCGUUGAGGAUGAUCCAAACACAGCACGCUGCCUCAGAGUCGGCAAGUUUAACAUCGAUCGCCUCUACAGGUCAGUGUAUGAAAAGAACAAGAUGAAAAUCCACACCGUGCCUGACAUGGUAGAGAUGGUUACCGCUAAGGAUUCGCAGAAGAAAGUCAGUGAGAUUGAUUACCGCCUCCACCUCCACGAGUGGAUUUGCCACCCUGACUUACAAGUCAACAGCCAUGUCCGGAAAGUCACGGAUCAGAUCAGCGACAUUGUAUACAAGGAUGACCUCAACUGGCUAAAAGGCAUUGGUUGCUACAUCUGGGACACCCCUGAAAUUCUUCAUGCCAAACAUGCUUAUGAUCUACGGAACGAUAUCAAGUACAAAUCUCAUGCGCAGAAGACAAGGAAUGACUACAAGUUGGUCACUGAUACUCCAGUCUACGUGCAGGCUGUCAAAAGCGGGAAACAGCUAAGUGAUGCUGUCUACCACCAUGACUAUGUGCACAGCGUCAGAGGCAAAGUGGCUCCAACAACGAAAACUGUGGAUCUGGAGCGAGCCCUUCAUGCAUACAAGCUCCAGAGUGAGGGUCUGUAUCGAGAUGCUGGCCGGCGCUCUCUGCCUACUGGAUAUAGGCUUCCAGGAGACACCCCUCACUUCAAACAUGCCAAAGACACCCGAUACAUGAGCAGUUAUUUCAAAUACAAAGAAGUUUAUGAACACUUCAAGGCAAAUGGAUAUACGCUUGGCCCCAAAGACGUUCCAUUUGUCCAUGUCCGGAGGGUCAACGAUGUUACCAGUGAGAGAUUGUAUCGACAAUUGUAUCACAAACUAAAAGACAAGAUCCACACAACUCCCGACACACCUGAAAUCCGCCAAGUCAAGAAGACACAAGAGGCUGUCAGUGAGUUGAUCUACAAAUCAGACUUCUUCAAGAUGCAAGGUCAUAUGAUCUCAAUGCCAUUCACACCCCAAGUGAUCCAUUGCCGCUACGUGGGAGACAUCACCAGUGACAUUAAAUAUAAAGAGGACUUGCGGAUCCUCAGGGGGCUGGGCUGCUUCCUGUAUGACACUCCCGACAUGGUCCGCUCCCGGCACCUGCGCAAGCUCUGGUCUAACUACCUGUACACUGAUAAGGCAAGGAAGAUGCGAGACAAGUACAAAGUGGUGCUCGACACUCCAGAAUACAGAAAAGUGCAGGAACUGAAGACACAUCUGAGCGAGCUGGUGUACAGAGCUGCAGGCAAAAAGCAGAAGUCAAUCUUCACCUCAGUUCCUGAUACUCCUGAUCUUUUAAGAGCCAAGCGAGGGCAGAAGCUUCAGAGUCAGUAUCUGUAUGUUGAACUUGCCACCAAAGAGAGACCCCAUCAUCACGCUGGAAACCAGACCAAAGCCUUGAAGCACGCUAAAGACGUAAAGGACUUGGUCAGUGAGAAUAAGUACAAGAUUCAAUAUGAAAAAAUGAAGGACAAGUACACCCCCGUUCCAGACACGCCAAUCCUCAUCAGAGCCAAGAGGGCUUACUGGAAUGCCAGUGAUUUACGCUACAAAGAAACAUUUCAAAAGACCAAAGGAAGAUACCACACUGUGAAGGAUGCUCUGGACAUUGUUUAUCAUCGUAAAGUCACAGAUGACAUUAGUAAAGUGAAAUACAAGGAGAACUACAUGAGUCAGUUGGGAAUCUGGUUGUCCAUUCCUGACCGCCCAGAGCAUUUUCACCAUCGGGCAGUUACCGAUGCAGUCAGUGAUGUAAAAUACAAAGAAGAUUUGAACUGGCUUAGGGGCAUUGGUUGCUAUGCCUAUGAUACCCCUGACUUCACUCUGGCUGAAAAGAACAAGACUCUCUACAGCAAGUAUAAGUAUAAAGAGGUAUUUGAAAGGACGAAGUCAGAUUUCAAGUAUGUUGCAGAUUGUCCAAUCAAUAGGCAUUUCAAGUAUGCAACUCAGUUGAUGAAUGAGAAAAAAUACAGAGCUGAUUAUGAGCAGCGGAAAGAUAAAUACCACCUGGUAGUCGAUGAGCCUAGACAUCUGCUGGCUAAGAUCGCAGGCGACCAGAUCAGUCAGAUCAAGUACAAGAAAAAUUAUGAAGAAUCAAAGGACAAAUUUACCUCAAUUGUGGAUACUCCGGAACACCUGCGUACUACAAAGGUCAACAAACAAAUUAGUGACAUACUUUAUAAGUUGGAAUACAACAAGGCCAAGCCCAGAGGCUACACGACAAUCCACGACACACCCAUGUUGCUGCAUGUCCGAAAGGUCAAAGAUGAAGUCAGUGAUCUGAAAUACAAAGAAGUUUACCAGAGAAAUAAGUCCAACUGCACCAUUGUGCCAGACUCUGUUCAUAUUAAAGCAGCCAAGGAUGCCUACAAAGUCAACACCAACCUGGACUACAAGAAGCAGUACGAAGCCAACAAAGCCCACUGGAGGUGGACCCCUGACCGACCGGACUUCAUCCAGGCCGCCAAGUCGUCCUUGCAGCAGAGCGAUUUUGAGUAUAAGCUGGACCGAGAGUUCCUCAAAGGUUGUAAGCUUUCUGUCACUGAUGAUAAAGACAUGGUGCUGGCCCUGCGGAAUUCGUUAAUAGAAAGUGAGCUGAAAUACAAAGAGAAGCAUGUCAAGGAGAGAGGAACCUGCCAUGCUGUGCCUGACACUCCUCAGAUCCUCCUGGCAAAGACUGUCAGCAGGCUGGUGUCUGAGAACAAGUACAAGGACUACGUGAAGAAGCACUUGGCCCAGGGCUCGUACACAACACUGCCAGAGACCAGGGACACCAUCCAUGUCAAGGAAGUGACCAAGAAUGUCAGUGAUACAAAUUACAAAAAGAAGUUUGUCAAGGAGAAAGGGAAAUCCAACUACUCCAUCAUGCUGGAGCCCCCGGAUGUCAAGCAUGCUAUGGAAGUGGCCAAGAAGCAGAGUAAUGUCGCAUACAAAAAAGAUGCCAAAGAAAACCUGCAUUACACCACGGUGGCUGACCGGCCCGACAUCAAGAAGGCCACGCAGGCUGCCAAACAGGCCAGUGAGGUGGAGUACAGAGCCAAGCACCGCAAGGAAGGCAGCCAUGGGUUAAGCAUGCUCGGUCGCCCAGACAUUGAAAUGGCCAAGAAGGCAGCCAGGCUGAGCAGCCAGGUUAAAUACCGAGAAAAUUUCAACAAAGAGAAGGGCAAAACACCGAAAUUCAAUCCAAAAGACAGCCAGCUCUACAAAGUCAUGAAAGAUGCUAACAAUCUCGCAAGUGAGGUGAAAUAUAAGGCCGACCUAAAGAAACUUCACAAGCCUGUGACUGAUAUGAAGGAAUCUCUGAUAAUGAAUCAUGUGCUGAAUACAAGCCACCUUGCCAGUUCUUACCAGUACAAGAAGAACUAUGAGAAGAGUAAAGGCCACUACCACACGAUUCCUGAUAAUCUGGAGCAGCUUCAUCUCAAGGAGGCCACAGAGUUACAGAGUAUAGUGAAAUACAAAGAAAAGUAUGAAAAGGAGCGAGGAAAGCCCAUGCUGGACUUUGAAACACCAACGUACAUCACUGCCAAAGAGUCUCAGCAAAUGCAAAGUGGGAAAGAAUAUAGGAAAGAGUAUGAAGAGUCCAUUAAAGGCAGAAACCUGACAGGCCUGGAGGUCACGCCAGCUUUAUUACAUGUCAAAUAUGCAACCAAAAUAGCCAGCGAGAAAGAAUACAGGAAAGAUCUAGAGGAAAGCAUCCGUGGGAAGGGUCUCAGUGAAAUGGAAGACACGCCCGACAUGCUAAGAGCAAAGAACGCCACUCAAAUCCUCAACGAGAAAGAAUAUAAGAGAGACUUGGAGCUAGAAGUCAAAGGAAGAGGCCUGAAUGCCAUGGCCAAUGAAACUCCCGACUUCAUGAGGGCCAAGAAUGCUACUGAUAUUGCCAGCCAGAUCAAGUAUAAGCAAUUAGCAGAAAUGGAAAAAGCCAAUUUCACUUCUGUGGUUGAUACUCCUGAGAUCAUUCAUGCCCAGCAAGUCAAGAACCUUUCAAGCCAGAAAAAGUACAAGGAAGAUGCAGAGAAAUGCAUGUCCUAUUAUGAGACUGUUUUGGACACCCCAGAGAUACAUAGAGUCCGGGAGAACCAAAAGAACUUCAGCCUUCUCCAGUACCAAUGUGACCUCAAAAACAGUAAAGGAAAAAUUACAGUUGUUCAAGACACGCCAGAAAUACUGCGUGUUAAAGAAAAUCAAAAGAAUUUCAGCUCGGUUUUAUAUAAAGAGGAUGUCUCGCCUGGAACGGCGAUUGGAAAGACCCCUGAGAUGAUGAGAGUGAAGGAAACACAGGACCACAUUAGCUCGGUGAAGUAUAAGGAAGCCAUUGGACAAGGAACUCCAAUCCCUGACCUGCCUGAAGUAAAACGAGUCAAGGAGACACAGAAGCACAUUAGCUCGGUUAUGUACAAAGAAAACUUGGGAACAGGCAUUCCAACCCCUGUCACUCCAGAGAUCGAGAGAGUCAAACGCAAUCAAGAGAACUUUAGCUCGGUUUUGUACAAAGAAAAUUUGGGGAAAGGAACCCCAACACCUAUCACUCCAGAGAUGGAGAGAGUCAAACGCAAUCAAGAGAACUUUAGCUCGGUGUUGUACAAAGAAAAUAUGGGCAAGGGAACCCCUAUACCUGUCACUCCAGAGAUGGAGAGAGUCAAACACAAUCAAGAAAAUAUUAGCUCGGUUUUGUACAAAGAAAAUGUGGGGAAAGCCACCCCAACCCCUGUCACGCCAGAGAUGCAGAGAGUCAAACGCAAUCAAGAGAACAUUAGCUCGGUGUUAUACAAAGAGAACCUGGGGAAAGCAACCCCUACACCCUUUACUCCUGAGAUGGAAAGAGUCAAACGCAAUCAAGAAAACUUUAGCUCGGUAUUAUACAAAGAGAAUAUGAGAAAAGCAACUCCGACACCUGUCACUCCAGAGAUGGAGCGAGCUAAGCGCAACCAAGAAAACAUUAGCUCGGUUCUUUACUCUGAUAGCUUCCGGAAACAAAUACAAGGCAAAGCUGCCUAUGUCUUGGACACUCCAGAGAUGAGACGGGUGCGGGAGACCCAACGCCACAUCUCAACGGUGAAAUAUCAUGAAGACUUUGAGAAACACAAGGGUUGCUUCACACCAGUGGUGACAGACCCUAUCACCGAACGAGUAAAGAAGAACACACAGGACUUCAGUGACAUUAACUACCGAGGUAUUCAGAGAAAAGUGGUAGAAAUGGAACAAAAACGGAAUGACCAGGAUCAGGAGACCAUUACAGGUUUUCGUGUCUGGCGUACUAAUCCUGGCUCAGUGUUUGACUAUGAUCCAGCAGAAGACAACAUUCAGUCACGAAGCUUACACAUGGUUAAUGCACAAGCGCAGCGCCGGAGCCGGGAGCAAUCGCGGUCUGCCAGCGCUGUGAGCAUCAGCGGCGGCGAGGACAAGUCCGAACACUCGGAAGCCGCUGAUCAGCGCCUCUCCACCUACAGUGAUGGUGGGGUCUUCUUCUCGGCAACCUCCUCAGCUUACAAACAUGCAAAAACCACGGAGCUCCCACAACAGCGAUCAUCUUCAGUUGCCACCCAACAGACAACAGUAUCCUCUAUCCCAUCUCACCCAUCUACUGCUGGGAAGAUCUUCCGUGCCAUGUACGACUAUAUGGCUGCUGAUGCAGAUGAGGUGUCCUUCAGAGAUGGAGAUGCUAUUGUGAAUGUGCAAGCGAUUGAUGAAGGGUGGAUGUACGGCACCGUGCAGAGGACGGGCAGGACCGGCAUGCUGCCGGCCAACUACGUGGAGGCUGUUUAGGCAUGUCAGUAUCACACCUGUGUGCAGGACCUGUACAUCCUGCAGUAUUUCAGCUCAGACUUUCCACCAUUAGCUAAGUCCUCAAGCUGCCUAAUGGUUUUUCUGUGUCAGUAUGAUUAAUAGUUGUACCAUCCCUUGUUUCUAUAUGAACCUUGGUAAUUCUCCAGUAAAACAGAUGUUAAUAUC